AUGUCUGAUCCGGAGCCUUCAGUGGUGGCGGCAGCCUCUUCCUCGCCGUCUCUCCCAGCCACGGAUUCCAAUGCCCUCAAUUACGCCUUCCUCGUUCACUCCCAGAAAACAUUGACCCAGAACCUUCCUCCGCGUGUCGAUAAUAAGCUACUUGCUCGUCAAAAACGCCGCCGGACGAGUCCGGAGGACCACGCCAUCUUAGAAGCCGAAUACCAGAAGAACCCCAAGCCGGAUAAAGUUGCUCGAGCGAAUAUUGUGAAUCGCGUCUCGCUCGGCGAGAAAGAGGUCCAAAUUUGGUUCCAGAAUCGCCGCCAAAACGACCGACGGAAAUCCAAACCUCUCCAGCCGCACGAACUACUUGCUCCUCGUUCGAGUAUGUCCGAUCCAUUGGGACACCCGUCUAGUGAUGAUAACGCGUCUGCGGACCCAGGGUCCUCGAGUGGGGCAGAGUUGUCGGUCGACGCCCACACUCCAGCAGAGGGGACAAGGCCAAAAUCAUGGGGUGGCGAUUUGUUGCAGUUAUCUGAUGAACCGGACCCGGUGACCAGUGAGAGGGAUGAGACUGAGCUUGAACCCGAACUGCCACCCCAGAGCACACAAACGAGUGUGGCGACUGAAGCGUUGGAUUACACCCCGCCGACCACGCAGGAGGAAUUUCAUGGAGCGGAUUCGAGUCAAAAUCUGGACAGCAACAUAUCAGAAGAGUCGUUAUUGCAGGCUCCGAAGCGGAAGCGAUCUGUUUCUGAUCUCAGAGACGAUGGGUUACAAAAUCAGUAUAUGGUAAAUGGCAUGACGACGCCAGUGAAAUCACCUCCUUCGUUGAGGUUGUCGAUGUCCUUCGAUGGGGAGGCUAUGGUACGAAAAGAAGAUGAGAUGACGCCGUCACCGCCAAAGGGACGGAACUCACUGCGUAUUGCAAUGUCGUCGGAUGGAAAGGCUGUCAUCCGUGCUGAAAAUGAGCCAUCGCCGUCCAAGAACCGGGUGGCUAUGUUCUCAGUACGUCGCACCAAGCUCUCAAGUUUGCGGCGUAGCAAUAGUGCUAUCUUCCCAGCCACACCACGGUCGGGCAUGAGUGAAAAGGAUCGAACCUUUGGUCGAUCUCGUGAUCCUCGUAACUGGGAGUCAUUCUUUGACACCGACGCCCGAAGUGCCCUGUUCACACCUGCCAGCUCCCAAGCUGCCCCCAACUCCUCACCUGGUCUCUUCCAGUCUCGAUCUCAGCGCUCCAUCACACGCAGUUCAUCAACAAGGCAUAGUUUCGUUAAUGUUCAUGCUGACUCUGCCCGUACCCCGAUCUCCCAGUCGAUGGGAGAAAAGAGGCGAAAGCUUGCCCGUACAGUUUCUUCUCUGGGACGACUUGAGACAGAUCGGAACCGGGCUUCUCCAUCUGUCUCGAAGCUUUCCAAAUCAAUGACCUCUAAGUCCGGCGAUGUGGACUUUGAGCUGGAUGCUGGUGAUUCCGAUAAGGAAAAUUGGGUUCCAGGAACCCGAUCAACUCCUGUUCGUCGUCGUACAACUUCUCACGCUUCCCGCCCCGCUUUGCGUGAAGCCAACCGUAACCAGGGAUUAGGGCUGACGAAUACGGGGAAACGGAAUCGACCAUUCGCAGCUGGCACUCAGGGCAAAGUGCCGCCAGAUUUGAGUGCAGAGGUAUCUGCAUUCAUGGCUGUUGGGACAAGUGGUAGUCAAGAAGAUGAUCUGGACUGUGUCCAGGGACUUCUUUCCCUGAGUCAAGGAGCCUGGCGAUAG